AUGAACUCUGCUUCUCCUGCUCAAAGCCCUGUCCGAACUGCUCCUCAGAGCUUCGACAGUCUGGCAAAUGCGCCCCUCCGGAUCGAGGACCGCCGUCCACUGGGUUAGUUUCAUUUUACAUUUAGAGCCUUGUCCAAUUAUUUCAACUUCAAUUAUUUCAAACAAAAAAAAAAGGCAAGAUUUGCAGACCGUAGCACCAGAAGUCGCAGAAGCCUCAACUUCAGCGCUCUGAGCCCAGUUCGAGCUUCUCAAGAGCUCGAAAGUCUGGAAAACGCGCCACUUCGGAAGAACAUUCGCCGUUCUUCGGGUUAGUUUUUCUUCUACUUUGAAGCAAUUCUCAAACUUUUUUCAAGUUUGAUUCCUUUGAAAAAGUGGCAAAUUUGCAGAGAUCACCACUCGGAAUCGCAGAAGUCUCAACUUUAACCUUCUGAGCCCAGUUCGAGCUUCUCCAGCUUCUCAAGAGAUUGAGAGUUUGGCAAAUGCGCCACUUCGGAAGAACAUUCGCCGUUCUUUGGGUUCGUUUUUCUACUCUGAAGCUUUUUCGAACUUUCUUCAAUUUGCAGAUACCACCACUAGAACUCGCCGAAGUCUCGACUUUUUCGCUCUCAGUCCUGUCCGAGCCGCUCCAGUUCCUCAGAACUUCGAUAGCCUUGCAAAUGCGCCCGUUCGCAAAAAUAUGCGUCGUUCUUUGGGUUAGUCUUUGAAACUUUCAGUAUUUUUUAAUUGUUUCUCUCAAUUUGCAGACACCACAUCCAGGAGUCGCAGGAGCCUCAAUUUUUCGAUCAACCUUGCUCCCGCCCAGGAAGCCUCUGAAGCUCCAGCUCAGGUCCCGAAAACUCCAAUUCGCAGUGAAUUGACUCCAGAAGUCGUCCAAGGUCUGUCUUGGGCUCCGAUUCGUAAUAAUCGUCAGACUCGUCGUUCUUUGGGUUAGUUUUCAUCUUCUGUUGACUCGAACUGAUGUUAACUUUUUUUCAGACUCUGCUCGGCCUGCAGUUCUCGUUUUUUCUCUGGAGAAUCCUUCCCAAGAUGCCUGA